GAGGGCGGGGAGUUGUUUCAGGUGCGUUCGAGGGAAAGGUGCCUCGUGGACACACCUGGUAAGGAGGCCGGAAGAGCCGGAAAGCUCGCCUGCUCCCUGGCCACCGCCACACGUGUUUCGGGAAGCUGAGUUUUGGAGCCUGGUGGUGGUGGUUGGCUAGAAGAGAGCAGAAUGGAUGAUUUCCUGUCCAUCAGUUUGCUGUCUCUGGCUAUGCUGGUGGGAUGUUACGUGGCCGGCAUCAUUCCCUUGGCCGUGAAUUUCUCCGAGGAGCGACUGAAGUUGGUGACUGUCUUGGGUGCUGGCCUUCUCUGUGGAACUGCCCUGGCGGUCAUCGUGCCCGAAGGGGUCCAUGCGCUUUAUGAAGAUCUUCUGGAGGGAAAACCCCACCAAGCAAGUGAAACACAGAAUGUGAUUGCAUCGGACAAGGCGGCAGACGUAGCGGUUGUCCGUGAACAUGAGCACGGACAUGACCACACGCAGCUCCAUGCCUACAUCGGUGUUUCCCUCGUCCUGGGCUUCGUGUUCAUGUUGCUGGUGGACCAGGUUGGCAGCUCCCACAUGCAUGCUACUGAUGAUCCAGAAACCUCAAGGCCUAGCAAUUCCAAAAUCACCACUACGCUGGGUCUGGUCGUCCAUGCUGCAGCUGAUGGCGUUGCUUUGGGAGCGGCAGCCUCCACCUCACAGACUAGUGUCCAGCUGAUCGUGUUUGUGGCAAUAAUGCUACACAAGGCACCGGCUGCUUUUGGGCUUGUUUCCUUCUUAAUGCAUGCAGGUCUAGAGCGGAAUCGAAUCAGAAAGCACUUGUUGGUCUUUGCACUGGCAGCACCAGUUAUGUCCAUGGUGACAUACUUAGGACUAAGUAAGAGCAGUAAAGAAGCCUUGUCAGAGGUCAAUGCCACUGGAGUAGCCAUGCUUUUCUCUGCCGGGACCUUUCUUUACGUGGCCACAGUACAUGUCCUCCCUGAAGUGGGCGGAAUGGGGCACAGCCACAAGCCGGACACCGCGGGAGGGAGAGGCCUGAGUCGCCUGGAGGUGGCAGCCCUGGUUCUGGGUUGUCUCAUCCCACUCAUCUUGUCAAUGGGACACCAGCACUAGAUGUUCAGGCUCCAGCCCCAUGCUGUGGCUGUUUGUCCUCCAGUGAGAACAGCAGGCUCGUGAGAGCUACUCACUUCCUCAGUCUCUGUCUGGCCUUGCCCAUCUCCACCUGUAUUCCUAGAGUCUGGAGGGAGGUGAGAUGAAAACCUGGAGAAACAGGAAUGCUUUUAGAGUAGAAGCAACACAUUACAAUUAGAUAUAGACAUUCCAUUGUGUUGUCUUUUAAAGGGCCCUUGGAUUUUGAAUUUCGAUGUUUCUAUUAACCCUAUUCUCAGGGAAGAUGGAAUUUAGUUUUAAAGAAAAGUGGAGACCUUUAUACUCACAGUGAAAUAGUAAUUAUGAAGGUACAGUGUUCUGUAAUGGAUCUAAAGUCUUUCUUGUUAGUUUCAAGGCUCUGGUGCCUACCCAUCGUGUGUGAUGUGGUCCUCACCGUGUCGGCCUGAAGCUUUAGCAUCUGGGCCGCCUGCCUUGAGAGAAGGUCUUAGCCCCAGUCUGUUAGAGAUGAGGGUGACUGCGGCCCAUUGGGGAAUCGAUGCGAGUCACUGAAGGUGACUUUAUACUUGGAAGAGCUGCGCCUGGAAAGGCAUGUCAGCAGAGACUUAGACAUCUCAUUCUGCGUGUGCCUCUCGCAGUACAGUGUGCCAAUCCCUCGUGGGAGCAGCUGGCUUCCAGGGGUGGGACUGGCUGCUGAAUAGGUGACCAGGCCUUUGGAGCAUUUCUUGUCAAGUUCUCUUUUGCAGAAUACCUGCCCCUAGCACAUUCUUCAGAGGAGCCGAGUUCAGCUAAGGUCAGGUCUACACUUUCCUUUGAGAACAAUUAAAAUGCAGUUUAUCUUUGGAAAUGAAGGGAUACUAAAUUUUAAGUGAAUUUGAGUAAUUAAUGACAUCUUUGUAGUAACCUUUUAAAAAUAAGACUACCAAAACCUGUGAAAUUUUUGGUGGUGUUGUUUCUUAUAUGUGUUUUACUCUCUGGCUAAACGCUUGGUCAGCUUGGGGUGCUGUGUAUCUCCUCACAGAAGCCCCUGAAGCCGUGAGGAAGGUCUGUCGGUGUCAUAACUGGGAAGCGUUUGCCUGUCGGUUGAAAGCUUAUUGAAAUCAUGUCUCUGUCUCUGCAUCUCUUCCCUGCUUUUCUUCUCCCGUUUCCCUCGGCCCCCCUCCCCACAACCUGCUGCUCACUGCUGAUGGCGAUGUCCAUCCUUGCGUGAGAUGAAUCCUCGUGAGGACAACCACUUACUGAACUGUGAUGGUGAUGCUAAUAGCAUCUAUCCUUCACGGAAGUUACCUUUAUGUCAAGUGCAGUUUGUUAAGCCCUUAAAGUACCACCCCCUCGUGUGUGAGUGAUUCCAUCACCUUCAAACAACUGAGAUAGCAGAAAGUGAUUAAUAAACUAGGGGGAUUUUUUUUCAUAUUUGCCAAAAUUUGCAUAAGCCCUAUUUUGUCAAAUAAGUGUAUAAUAAUGUAUUAUUAAUUUAUUUUGAUUUUCUGUACCAUUUCAAAACACAUUAAGAGGGAACAAAGACUGAUUUGUUCAGGGUAGUGAAUUUAGUCAUUUGUAAAAAUGUUUUAUAAAAAAAUGAGGCAGAAGCCAGCAUGCCGUGGUUGCUUUUUUUUUCUUUUCUUUUCUAGAUUUGUCACUGGGUCAGCAGCUGUGGAAGUAGACUUUGCAGACCCUCUACUGGCUGCGAUGGAGAAAGCAGCAAAAAAAAAAAAAAGGUGGUCUUUCUAUAUAGUGGCUGGCAACCAUUGCACACAAUUUCGAAAUAAAGAGGGACAAAAAGGUUUUAGAGUCUGGCUUGGUUUGGAUAGUAAUAUUUUCUAUAAUAUUGAUGUGUGCAAUGGUCAGAAGUUUGUUUCUGCUGGCCAAAGCCUCUUUCAGCAGUGCCUUGCCAUCCUGCUUUAAAAAAUUGGCUAGAAUAUCUCAUAAGGAUUGAACCAUUGAACUUCCAAAUUUGCCUUCCCCGGUGGACCUCACUAUGAACAAACAAACCUUUCCAGACCUGUCAGCUCUCAGAAGCAAUGGGCUUUCCCAGAUUGCACAGCUGCUGCUUAGGGAGGUGCUUGUUCCUCACCUGGGCAGCAGGCAGAAAUAGCCAUACACACCUUCUAGGGCUCCCAGGCAGCCAGGGGAGCCAGCAGCCCACGCAGAGGGAGGCUUGCUCCUGCCGUGGGCAGUGUCCCACGAGAGGCCAUACCAGUGCUCCCUCUGGCACGUUUUGGUUCCGUUCCUGUUUAAAACUGCCUCCUGAGAUAUGGAUGCCUUAAUGCUCUGACACGUGGGAAGACACUGGUGAGACUGAAAUUGCUGCCAUGAUUACAGGUGGAAUUAUUGGCUACCAAAGAGGUGAGGUCAGUGGUGGAGAGUGUGGUCCUGCCUCAGCACCAAAGCGAAUAUCUAAUUGCAUUUGAGCUCCCUCUUCCCAGUAGAGAUAGACUUCAGGUUCCAAGUGUUCUCCUAGAGGCAAGUGAAGUGGAACAACACUAACCCGCUCCCCUCCCUGGUUCUCAGUUGCCAUUUCACCAAAACGGUGAUGUGCCAGGUUGGAUUCAAUUUUCUGUGUUUUAGGCAAAGGAACUGCCCCAGCACGUAGUGUUAGAAAUGGAAGUAAUCGAAAAGCCUGUAUGUUCUCUCCACCUGCCCUUUCCCACUUCAUCUUUUCAUUUCAAAAUAGCUGAGUUGCCUUGUUGGAAUGUUUUAACUCAUUAGAAAAAAGAAAGGGAGUGGCUGUUUUGAAGUGUCAUUUCUUUGUAGAAAGGGGGGGAGGUGUGAUUUCUUUUUUGUAGCAGCCAACUUCUUAGUGUUUUUCUGCCCAAUUUUUCGAGGAUUAGAACUAGGAGGACACACCAGCACUGCAGGGUGUUACGUCCCUGAUACGCAGUAGCUGGGUACUGAACCUGGGAACUUUAUGUCAGCAGCGCAAGCCUCCUCCCACCCCAGAGAAUGUUCUGCCUUUCGGAUCCCUUGGACUGAGAAUAAUGAUCAGAACCACCCCCGCCCUGCUGCAGUGCAAGGUCAGAGCCCUCCAUGGAUGUUCUGUGGGGGACACAUCCUUGGGUCAGAAACUCCCUGCUUGCUACAGAAUGGCCUCAACACCCACUGUUGGAGCUGCUGUGAUUUGAAGCCUCGGGACGUAACCAGUGUGAGCUGCAGACACCUCAGUUCACCGUGGGAGACCUGAAGGAGAUCAGUGGCUUCUGAGAAAGGAUGAGACGGCCAUCAGUAGCUCUCCUAACACAGUUGCUGAACACGGGAGCCUGGCCUUGACCUUUCUGAUGGCAUCUUCCUGCAAGUUGGAGUCUUCUGGGAGAUUUGGAGCACACUACAGUUCCCUUGGCUCAGUGGCCUGGGCAGUAGUUUUAAAUGUCCCUUUUCUGGAUCCUUUGUAAACAUGAAAUCAUUCCAUGGAUGGCUGCCUUAUAAUUUUGUCUCUUUCCACUUUAAUUGUGAAUGGUUAAAUAAUUGUUGUUUUCUGAUAUUAAAUUUUUAUUAGUGCACA